AUGGAGAAAGAGUUGUGGGAUGAGAUUCAAUACUUUGCAUUAGGGAGAGAUGACCCUGAGCUUUUAAUUCCAAACUCUGACUAUGAAGAAGUCCAAACCAGCAAUAGAUUAAGCUUGAUUGCCAGACCUCUCAACCCAGUGGAUCAGAACUUAUUCGAAGUAGCUGACAAUCUUCCUACACUCUGGGGCCUAUCUUCCUCUGUUCACGGCAGAGUUUUGGACGAUCGCUUUAUACAGUUUCGAUUUCAAUCAGAAAGAGACUUGGUCUCAGUCCUAAGAAGUCAACCGUGGAGCUUCAAUAGGUGGUUUGUGGCACUGCAGAGAUGGGAUGAUUUACCAAGACUAGACUUCUUAACAUCAAUUGAUCUCUGGGUUCAAAUCCGGGGUGUUCCUUUACGCUAUAUCUCUGCCAAAACUUUUCGCAGGAUAGCUAGAUCCUUAGGAGACCUGGUGGAGCUGGACUUUGAAGACUCAGUUACAAACCAAGUUUCAUUUAUAAGAGCGAAAAUCAAGGUUUCAAUCACUGACCGCUUCAGGUUUUUUAGAAGAUCGAGGUUCCAAUCGGGAGAUAGAGCGAUGCUUGGUUUUCAAUAUGAGAAGAUGGAAAAAAUUUGCACUAAUUGCUGCAGAAUUAUGCAUCCUUCUUCCAGGUGUCCCUUUGAACCUGUUAAUCCUAACCCUUUCAACAAUCCCCGUAAUCAGGAUCAGCAAAGAAGAAAUGAGGAGUUCGAAGAGAUGGACCCUGCUCAUAUGUCACAACCAUCAAGCCCAGUUGCGCAAGUCCCUGUCCUCAAAGAGGUGAUGCAGGAGAAUCAGAUAUCUCAACCUAAGAAGAAAUCAAGUCCUUACUUUGCACUGGCCUUUCCUCACUUUGAGCUCUCCGGAAAAGAAGAAUCAACAGGUUCGAAUUCAGAUGGUGGUUAUAAUCCCAAGUUCCAAUCUAAAUUUGAAGUAGGAGAAUGCUCAAAAAGAAGAUUGGACUUUAAUCCAAAAAAUGAACUACCUAUGAAGAAAAGAUCCAAUUUACCUGAUCGUGAAAGAAAGGGUACUCGUGAACCUCCAAACCCUAUCUAA